AUGUCGUCUCCAGAGCCAGACCAAGGAGCCGAAGUUCAGACCUCCAGCGUCUGGGCGACUCUCCGCCGCUUCCUGGACAUGAUUCCAAUGCUGACUCCAGGAGCAUUGGACUUCCCCUCCUCAUCGAGCUCCAUCGCCUACUCGUCGCAGACCAGCGACUGGUCAGACACGUCCGAUGACGAGUCCGAGUUGGCGUCCCAAGCAUCCGAGAACCCAGCUGAAGAUGAUCAAGCUCAAGCUCCAGCGCCACCCGCCGUCGCCAUCUCCGCUGCCCCAGCCAUCGUCUCCUCAGAGCCCCCAUUUCGCUUCAAGUACCCCGCUCCGCCAACCGAUGGAAUGCCCCGGUACAUCCCCCCACCACCACCCGCAGCCCCCUCAGGCAUUCCCAGAGGACGAGGACGGGUUCUUGUUCAAGAGCCCUCUUCUCCUGUCACUGCCGUCAGGAACCCCACCCUUCCAGUCCGCCUCGAGCUUGUCGCCAGGUUGGCGGCGGACCACACUGCCUUUGAGCAUCUCAAGCCAGAGGUCGAUUCCGCAGGUGUUCUCUCCGGCGAAGGAGCGCAGCUUGUCGAGCAGCGACUCUCAUGGAGUGGCCCUAUGUCAGACCUGAAGGAUGUGAUCGCCGAGAUCCCUCUCAUGACUACCCAGCUCACCGUGAAGGACUGUGACCUCACCAUCGAGGAUGUCCUCAUUAUUAUAUCCUCUUUCCCAUAUCUCGAGGCAUUGGACGUCCGCGACGUGAUCGGUCAAGGUGCUGACCUUCCUCCAGUCACAAAGGAUGCCCCAUUGCGCUCGCUCACCAUCACCUCGAAGACUUCCCUAGAUGGGCUGUUCAACAAUGUCAGGCUUCCGAGCCUGGUUUCGAUCUCGCUUCGGCUCCUUGGUGAUGGCAUGCAAACCGACCUAGCCGAGCUUUUUGCCAUCCACGGCUCUGAGCUUCUCACAGUGCGUCUGAGGGGACAUUUCCCCGCCGAGACGAAAGCCAUGCUGCGGGAGCUUCGCAAUGUUCUUCCCAGGACACCUUCAGUUGACAUCGGGCAUGUAUGCCAGUCAAUGCGACCAAGGAGGCGGUUUAGGGGAUCCCGCCAGUAA